UGUAACAAAAGCGUAAACGCGUGUGCGCGCGUGAGUACACUGUCCGACCUUUCACUCCGAAAAAAGCAGUCAGUAAGGAAGCUGUAAGCUCUCCAUAGUACCCCUCCCAGAACGGCCGACUAUGUCUGAGAGCGGGAAGACGAACGGGGCCAUGCCACCGGGCUACAUCUCCCCGGACACCGCCCCCAAAUGCACCUGGUCUGCAGGCAAGGCCUCCACGGAGUCACCUCACACAACCGUCCCUCUCAGGGAUAGACACGAGAGGGAUUCGGUCCUGCCAGAUGUCCUGAGGAUGAUUGGGAACACUCCUCUAAUCAGACUGGACAAGAUUGCCCGCAGCGAGGGACUCAAGUGUAACCUCUUGGGAAAGUGUGAGUUCUUCAAUGCCGGAGGCUCUGUGAAGGACCGCAUUGCUCUCAGGAUGAUAGAGACAGCAGAGAAAGAAGGAGUCCUCAAACCGGGAGACACCAUCAUUGAGCCCACCUCAGGGAACACUGGUAUAGGCCUGGCACUGGUGUCGGCAGUAAAGGGAUACAGGUGUGUGAUAGUGAUGCCGGAGAAGAUGAGUAACGAGAAGGUCAGCGUCCUCAGAGCCCUCGGAGCCGAGAUCGUCCGAACUCCGACCUCUGCAGCCUUCAAUAGUCCCGAGUCUCAUGUGGGUGUGGCCUGGAGACUCAAGAAUGAAAUCCCCAACUCUCAUAUUCUGGACCAGUAUCGUAACUCGGGGAAUCCGCUGGCCCACUACGACGGGACAGCGGAGGAGAUCCUGUUGCAGUGUGGCGGGGGGCUGGACAUGGUGGUGGUGGGGGCCGGAACCGGGGGGAACCGUUGCCGGAAUCGGCCGCAAACUGAAGGAGAAACUCCCACAUGUUCAGGUAGUAGGAGUGGAUCCACUGGGUUCUGUCCUGGCUGAACCUCCUGAACUGAACGAUACUGAUGUCACAGGCUAUCAUGUGGAGGGGAUAGGGUAUGACUUUCUGCCGACAGUGCUGGACAGAGGAGUGGUGGACCAGUGGUACAAGAGCAACGACAAAGAUAGUUUUGCCUUCGCCAGACGUCUCAUUGCCGAGGAAGGCCUUCUCUGUGGAGGGUCCAGUGGUUCAGCUCUGUCAGCGGCACUGAAGGCUGCCCGGGAACUGAAGGAAGGCCAGACGUGUGUCGUCGUACUCCCAGACUCCGUCAGAAACUACCUAACAAAGUUUGUGGACGACCAGUGGAUGGUGUGUGAAGGUCUGAUGGAUUGUGAGGUGCCGGCCGGGGGAGGGUGGUGGUGGUCCCAGCCACUCUCCGUCCUCCCUCUCCUGCCCAUCAUCACUGUCGGGGAGCAGGUGACGUGUGGUGAAGCUGUGAAGCUCCUCCAGGAGAAGCAGAUCGACCAGGUCCCCAUCUUGACUGACAAUGGUGAUGUGCUGGGAAUGGUGACUCUGUCCAACCUCACGACCAAGAUGGUCCGCGGACAGGCCAAUACCUCCGACCCAGUCACCUCCGUCUCCUACACACAGUUCCGCAAGGUGAUGCCCAAUACGUCACUUGGGCAGUUGUCAAAGAUACUCGAGAAAGACCACUAUGCCAUUGUCAUGCAUGACUCCAACAAGAGAGAUGCCCGUGGUGAAAAGAUCAGUACAGUUGGAGGUGUGGUCACCAGUAUUGACCUGCUACAAUACAUAUCCAGCCAGCAGCAACAGUGAUGACUGUAAUUAUUUUUGCCACUAUACACAUCCCCUUUCUUUUUUAGCUGUAACAUAUUUUACAACUUUACUUUGCACAUGCGUGCAUGACUUUAGAACGUGCUUUUUACUAUAUACUUUUACUCUCAAAAUGUUCAAGGAAAUAUAGGGAAUAUAUUAGGCACCAUACUUUGAUCCUUUGACCCGAACUUUUCGGAUCAACCGAAAAACAUUUGGUGGAAAAUAAUCUCUCUCCCCAAACUCUUCGAUCAGUUUGACUCUGAGAUCAAGAAUGAAUGUAUAAUACCAUAAAUAUCCCUCACUCAUUCUUGCUCGCUCCCCCUUGAGUUCGUAUUGACGCGCGCACGCGCAAAGGUUCAAAGGUUUUAAGCAAAUUACACGUGCGCGUGCGCAUUUACACACG